CCAGUUUCCGGAGCAUUUGGGUUUUGUUGUUUUGAUUUCGCUCUCUUUUGUUUGUGCAUCUGCUUGGUUUGAAUUCGGAAUUAGGGUUUUAUUAGGGUUUAACCUAGGUUUACUUCACUCUUUUUCCAUCUUCUCUGGGCUUUGUUUAUCUUUCUGGUAGGGAUACUGCUGCUCAGGCGUGGUUUUAAAACCAAGCCACAGGCUUCAAUCUGAUUUCUCUGCUAAUUGAAUUGAUCAGACUUUUGUUUGACAAGUAUUGAGAUCAAUGUCAAUGGACAUCGAUAGAGAAGAUGGUAGAGCGCCAAACCAGCUGAGACCCCUCGCUUGUUCCCGAAAUAUUCUCCAUCGUGCCCAUGGCUCCGCUAGCUGGUCGCAAGGGGAUACAAAAGUUUUAGUCGCGGUUUAUGGACCAAAAGCGGGCACCAAGAGGAACGAAAACCCAGAGAAGGCAUGCUUCGAAGUCAUAUGGAAACCUAAAACCGGGCAAAUUGGAAAGGUUGAAAGGGAGUAUGAGAUGGUACUGAAAAAGACAUUGCAGAGCAUAUGUGUCUUAACGGUAAAUCCAAAUACCACCACAUCAGUGAUAGUUCAGGUUGUGCAUGAUGAUGGCUCUCUUCUUCCGUGCGCUGUAAAUGCGGCAUGUGCAGCCCUUGUAGAAGCAGGAAUUCCUAUGAAGCAUCUUGCCGUUGCGAUAUGCUGUUGCCUGGCCGAUAACGGAUAUGCCAUCCUCGAUCCAAACAAGAUUGAAGAGCAGAAAAUGAAGGCGUUUGCUUGCUUAGUCUUUCCGAACUCGAUUCUCUCGGUUCUGCCGGAAGGGUCAUCACUCGUGGAAGGUGAACCUGCGGAACACGGGAUCAUUACGUCUACCACCUAUGGAGUUAUGUCAGUGGAAGAUUAUUUCCUGUGUGUAGAGAGAGGGCAGGCUGCUAGCGCAAGUUUGUCUGCUUUCUUCAGGAAGAACUUCCAACAAAGCCAAAGAGAUCCGUCCAAACCCUGAAUGAGAGGACCCUUUACAGUUCAAGUUUUUGUAUUACCCUUGUCCUCAAGUCAACAACAUUUCUGAUAUGAAAUUAUGAUGGUUUGUUCUAUAGAUCCCUAAAACCAUAGAAUGUACUCCUUUCUUAUUGCAUCAUCAAGGAUCUUCUAAUGAUGUUGCAGACAAUGAACAACACUUUGUGAGCUCUUUUCACAUUAGGGUUUAUAUCCAAUGGCAACUUUUUUUUUUCGUU